GAAAUGGUCGCUCUUUUCUCCAGAUGCAGUCAUGAAGGUGGUGGUGGUCGAGGUGAUAAUAUGGUAGGCGAAUGAAUCGUAUUUAAGAUCCUAGGAAGUAUUAGUAUCAUAAACUUCCUUGUAGUCAUCCUCGCUUUAUAUUCAUUAUGGAGACUAAGUAGGACUCAUGAUGUAUCAAAAUUCAGGUUCAUUUCCUUAUCAAUAGUACUCUUUCAGAUGGUAUUAUGAAUAACUUAUUGGACAAUAAUAGUAGGAAUUAAGGACCCACUAGUGCCAAUAAUAUUUCAGAUGGCACAAGAGAUUGUGAAAUACAUAGGGUUCUACUAUUGAGUUUACUUCUUCACAUCUCAAGCAGUGGAAAUUCUGUCAAACAAAGACAAUGACUUUAUAUAUUACACAAAACUUGGGCUUAUCUCUACAAGUGGAAUUCAGAUAGUUCAUUGAAUAGUUACGAUUGUUUUAAUAAACAUCAGGAAUGAUGCAAAGGUCAACUUCUGUAGAAACAACUUAUGGGUCAUGAUGAGAUUCCUCGGCCUUGCAGUCACUUUCGGCUUUAUUUUCAUAGGGUGGAGGAUCCAAAAGAGUAUCCUAAAUCCUCUUUUGAACAAGCAAAGGAAGCAAAAUGAAAUUAUUGAAGAUAAGAUCAAAUAUACCUCAAGUAAUAUGAAUAAAGAUUUCAGAGAGAGAUUAGCCGAUAACUCUUCUCAAUUAGGCGAUUCAGACUCUAAUAAUGCAAGCCGUAUUUCCUACAUUGAAGACUACAAAGAUAGAUUUGGAUCUGAGACAGCUGAAAAUAUUCAGGCCAAAAUUAAAGGAAAGAAGAAACAACUAAGAGUCAUGUGGACGAUCUUGAUAGUUAUUCUUGUAAUCUGCUUCUUUGAAAUGAUCCUUAGUGCAACUCAACGGAUCAAAGACCAUCAAUGAAGAGUCUUAUUUGGUAAUAAAGUUGGAGACAGCAUUCUUUUAUUCCUCUCUGGAUGGAUAGGCCUUCUCCUCUGGACAUGGCCUCUGAUUUAUGUAUACUGGGCAAGAGAGUAUAUAAUGAGCUGUCGAUAUAAAAAGAAGCAAAAAGAUGAAAAUGAGGAGGAAAAUCAUAUAGAAGAAUAUUAUAAAGAUAAAUCUAAAGAAAAAAUUAGUGGUAUUGAGAAUGCUUUACCAAGACUAAUGAUAAAGAAGAGCUUUAAUGAAAGUAACGACCUUGAGUAA